UCUCUAGCUCCACAAUCUCGAAUCCCAAUUCGUGCAUCCCGUUUUGGAUCCGGUUCUGGUUCUGGUUCUGGUUCCUGCCCCUGUUGCUAGUUCCAAGCAUGAACUUCGACAAUCCAGAUGCCAAUUAUGCCGAAGAGCUUGAUUCACCCCGAGGCCCACCAGAUCCGCAGUAUCUCACCGCCGAUCCAAGGCCGCCGUCGAACCGAUCCGGAGGCACGUUUGGCCACCCGGAAGAACGCCGCGUCGGUAGUAGUGCUCUUAACUCGGACUCGUCGUUCACAUCUAGACCUGCUUAUUCGGCAGCCGCUGCUGCUGCUCAACCGACGCCGUCUGUUUCACACCCACCAUCAACUAUUCCUCCGUCCGAAUUCGAUCGAAGCUCUGCCGAAAAUAACAACACGAGCGAACAACAAGUGGAUAGCGGAGCCACCGACCACCGCCGCCACGGCCACGGGACGGGAGCCCCAACCACUGCCGGAGGAACAAGCCGAGACCAUUUAGCCCAUGCCAGCCCCAUUGUCAUUCAAGGGCCACCGCGUGUCUUACCGGACUUACCACCUCUGCCGCCCCCAACUAUUCGACUGCAACAACAACAACUUCUUCAACAACAACCUCAAAAAAUGCAACGAAAUCCAUACCAGCCAUUGCCAGGGGGUCUACCUGUAAACGGUGGGCUCGCAGCAGCAGCAGCAGGUCCGGUCCAAGACUUCAAAGACGAUCUCGCCCGGGAAGCUGGGGUGGUCACCCCAGGUGUCGAUGACACGCCCUAUGUCCAGUACGCCAUCGAAGCUCUCACUCGUGGGAACAGAGAAUCAGGUUACUCGGGGGAUGGGUCGUCGGGUAGUGAAUGGGGAGCUGGAGGAGGAGGAGGAGGAGGGCUAGGUCUAGGGACUCUUCCUGUUGGCUAUGUACCCGCACAGCACCAACAGCAAGAACGACAUCAACCUCGAGAAGGGGAAUCGACUGAACCUUCAUCAACAUUAGAUCCCGCACUCAAACAACGUUUCGAAGAAGACAGACGCCUCCUCCAAACACCCUUCCAGCCUAAGAACCCCGCCGUCUCAGCGGACUCGCUCGCAUCAACAUUGUUAAAAAAUGGCCCACGGCCAGCGCAGCCGCACGAAUGGCGGCCGCUGGACAGAGACGCGCUCAUAGCCAAAGUAGGCGAGCCCCGAGCCAACGGCCUCCCAACACUCGACUUCCUCCCGAUGCCCCUAACAGCGCGCUCGCUGGUCGCCUUCAUGCUGAUGUGCCUCUUCAUGGCUGCCGCGCUGAUUUUCUCGGCCGUAUGGUCACACAUGCAGAACGGACUGACGGGAUACGUGAGCAUCUACGGGUCUUCCUACUUUCUAUUUCGGAUCCUGCCGCAGUUCCUGGGCGGAUUAUUAUUGUUAUGGGCGCAGUUUAUCAUCAUCACCGCCUUUCGAAUUCUUCCCUUUGUGCACCUGGCUUCGCCUAACAUCAGGGAGCGAGAUGGCGCGCUGUUCGAGGAUAUGUAUCCCCGCUCGUUCCUCUGGCCGCCGCAGUUUAUUGGGGGCUGGAAGGUUUGGGUUCCGAUCCUGGCUACUUGGGUUUUUGGGAUGACUCUCCCGUUGCUUAGUUCCCUGUUCACAGUUGUCUUCGUGGAUGAUGUCUGGAUGUGGGCCACGGUCCAGGGCGUUGCGUGGACCGCCGUGGCGCUUUAUCUGGUGAUGUUCAUCUCGACCGUCAUUCUUUGGAGGUACUUUGCGACGCUACGAUCAACGGGACUGGCGUGGGAUCCGCGAUCCCUGGCCGACAUAAUCGCUAUCGUCUCCGAGACUAACACGGCGGACGAAUACCGAGGCACCCAGCUAGCGAGCAACCGCGGGCGCAUUCGCUUUGCGCUCCGCCACCAGGCCAACGUCCGACUGGGUUACUGGACGUGGAAGGACGGCCGGUCUGGCGUAUGGUACACGUUGGGAAGUCCCAUGGAUCAAGGCUUCAUCGCCGUACCGCUUCCCGACCAGCUGACCGGCAAAGGGAUGACCAAGUUUCAAGAAAAGCAAGGUCUGAUGGCCGCCAUCAACAUCAACCCCGUCGCCGGCAGCAACAGCGGCAGCGGGACCGGCACGGGCAUGGGAACUGGCACCGGGACCGGAGAGGACUACGACAUGGAAGCCGUCUCAGAUGGCACCCCUUCCCCACAAGGCCGUUAUCGCUACCUCCCCUGGUGCCUGCGCACCUCGCCUCUCCUACUGCUCCUAACCGGCGCUUUUAUCCUCCUCCUCGCGCUCUUCAUCGUCUCUUUUCUCCCCGCGACCCGCAUCACCAAGGGGUUUCUCCCCGGCCUCCCCGCCGCUCCUGUACAGGGCGCCUUUUCAGCCGCCAACUUCCUCUACUCCUUCCUUCCUUCCCUGCUCGGCCUCAGCUUGUAUCUCCUCUUCCAAACCAUCGACAUGCACCUCCGCAUACUCCAGCCGUGGGCCGCCAUGUCCUCCUCUAACAGCAAAGGCGGUGCCUCAGCCGACGCCUCUCUGCUGGCUGAUUACGCAGCCUGCGGUCCGGUGACGGCCACCUUUCACGCGCUCAAGAACGGACACUGGCGCAUGGCUUUCACCUCGGCGUGUUCGACCCUGUUCAUCCUGCUUCCCGUCCUGGGUGGCGGCAUGUUCAUGGCUCUGACGCAGCCUGCCGGCUCGCUGGUAGACGAUCACGAUGUGCCCACCAGGGAGGAACAAGUCCUAAUGUUCCCCAACUUCCCCGCCUUCGCCAUCGUUCUGGCGCUGUGCGUGCUCUACUUUUUGGCUCUGCUGUCCUUGCUUCCCGCAAGGAAACCGUUUCGGUUCCCACAUGGCGUCACCUGUUUGGCUGAGAUCAUUUCUUACUUGGCGAACGAGGACCUGCUGGGCGAUUUGGCAUUUAAGCAUUGUCGCAGCAGGGAGGAGUUGAAGGAAAAACUUGGGGUGGGCAGGGGCGUGCCGGAGACGAGGCCGAGGUGGACGUUUGGGUUGGGGUACGGCGGCAGUACCGGUGUGGCGGGCGAGGAGACGCUGGGCGUGAGGAGGGCGAGGAGGUUUACGGUGAGGAAAAGCCAGAUCAAGUUUGGGGGGUUAGAUCAACCCUUUUUGAGUUGAGUAUCUUGCAGCAGGUGUGUUUACUAUGAUCUUGGAUG